CCAAGACCCGCAACCUCAUCCCCCCACAUCUCCCUCCACCAACCCUCAAAAUGUCCUUCGACUCCCCCCUCCCUCCCUACAACGCCUCGGAUCCAACAGCCACCUUCCUCAAUUCCUCAUGCCUCGACCUCCUCAUGAUCGAGCUCGUGCCAAUGGCCUACCGAAUCGUCAACGAAAUCGACUCCUCCGACCCCCCCCCCCCCUCUGCCAACCCCUCUUCAACCACGACUUCACAAGCACAAUCCCCUACACAAUCACGGAAAGGAGAUGGAAGCUUAAAGGGGGGGGCAGGAGCAGUAGGUGUGAACGGAAGUAGGAAAAUGGACGAGGAAGAGGAGCGCGAUGCUGUGUUCUACCGUCUCGAGAUGCUCGGGUAUCGCGUUGGGCAGGGCUUGGUUGAACGGUUCUCCAAAGACCGCCCCCGCUUCACCGACACCCUGGACGUAAUAAAGUUCCUGUGCAAAGACCUCUGGAUGCUCGUCUUUAGGAAGCAAAUAGACAAUUUGAAGACGAACCACCGGGGGGUCUACGUCCUAACAGACAACUCCUUCCGACCAUUCAGCCGCAUGUCAACCGAAGCAGGUGGACAAGCAGUCGUCAAAGCACAGCCUUUCCUAUAUUUCCCCUGCGGGAUAAUACGAGGAGCGCUGGCGAGUAUGGGGAUUAAUGCCAAUGUACAGGCAGAGACGAGCGAGUUGCCUGGGGCGACAUUUCAGGUUAAGGCGCUGGUUGCAAAGACUUAG